AUGAGCACACUCCCAGGUGUGAGCAGAUCGCCCCGAGAGCAUGCAAUUGAAUCGCCGUCACAAACUUCUCCAAAGUCUGAGUCGAGUCCGAUAAGAGAUCGCGCAAAUGAAACAGCAAAGUUUAUAAGCAGUCUAAAAACGUACAACCUAGACAGAAGACGACAUUCACAUCAUGAACAUAUAGUGGCACCCACAGGAGCUGACAGUUCUCUUGGAUCAGAGAGCACAAAGCAAAAUGGCCGAUCCCAGGAACAAUACAAAAGAGCAAACUCGCACAGUGACCUGGCCGAUGCCCCGAGGCAACGACAGAAUGACACUUCAGAAACAUCCAAUCUCAAUCUUCUCUCCAGUCUAUCAUCAGCAGUCCCUUCUUCAAGCGCUAGUCGUCUUGAGGGCCGACUGCAAUACAGUGAGAUGACGAGCGAAGCAAUGCAGCUUAAGAUUGAACGAGAAAAGACAAAGCAAAUGCAAUUGAAAUGCGAACUCUCGCGUUCUGUCGCUGAAAUUUUUAAACAUGCAGAGGGCCAUAGCCAGGCCACCGAGUUGAUAAGUAGAUUGUUCUUUAAUGACACAAAGGCAGGUCUGUGCCUCAAUCAGAGCACUUUACACCUGCAAUCAGUGCCUACAACGUCGCCUCUCACUAUGGUUCGGUCAAAUAGUUCAAGUGAUUCCACUCAACAAGCCCAAAUCGUGAUUCCCGAACCGCACCUUGCCCCUUCUCCUGUAAGAAGAAAACCCACCAUCCUCCAUGAAGGAAGUUUAGGAUCUACGAGUGUUGAACCUGGAACCCGCGAUACUAUAACCAAUACUGACAAGAACGUCUCUCAUGGCCGUCAACAUCAGGACGAUACAAAAGCCGACUCCUCUGUCGAACUCAGUCCAAUGUCCGAAGAACAAUUCCCCCCGCCAUCGAUUGCAAAUUCGACACAACAAUCAUACUCGGGCUCGCGCGCGCCUUCUUUGGUUGAGUCUGUUUCGGGAUCAGCACCCUCGGGCCCAGGGUCUGUGAUUGGGACUGCCGCACUAAUUGCUACUUCCUCAAAUGGCAAGACAAGUGAGACAUCUGAAGACGCAGCGCGCGAAACCGCCAUUAUACGACUGUAUCCUGCAUCAACACCAGGGCCUAAUUCGAUGUACCCUGUCUACUAUGCAUAUCCCAAUCCUGGUCAGGAACAGGCAUUAUAUUACAUACCUCAAGAGCAAAAAAUUUCUCCUCUGUCUUUGACGGGAAGUCAUAAAUCUCAAGAGUCAAGACUGUCUUCAGGCGGGCAAGCCGAGUUGCAUCCAUUUUCACAUGAUACACCAAACCAUGUUCAGACACAGGCCCAAGACCACCAACGGCCGUGGCUGCAUACACAGGCCCUGCAAACCCCCAUACGGCCAAAUACACAAGUAGGGAGGGGCAAUGUAUCGGCAUACAACCUUGGGGGCUCGCCACCAUCCCAAAUUAAUGGCGCACAAGGGUGGACACCAAAUUCGGACCUGGGAAAGCACACGCAACAGCAAACGCCACAGCAUAGCCCUCAACAAGGUCAGCAUUUGUAUUACAUGAAUUCGGCACCUAUGCCAAUACAAGGAAAUGCAUAUGUGCCCUCGCAUUACUUUAUUCCUCCACCUCUACAGGCGGGAAUGGUCUCAUGGGUUCCUGGACCCAUCCCCGAACGUAGGAGAGAGGAAGAGGAUCAUUAUAAUCACAAGAAACGCCGCAGUCUGAAGACAGGUAUCAGUUUCAUGAUUUCGACUCCGCAGAAUCCACCAGCUCGCAAGUAUAACAAGCUGCAGUAG